AUGAGGUCUCUCACUACCAUAUCGAUAAUUUUGGCCUCUUGUGAGGUGGACUGUACAGACCAGCAAAAUUCUACGUAUGAGCCACCUGCAAUCUGGGAGAAAUUGCCGGAGGUGGGCCCGGUCGAGCACAUGGAGCCGAAGCGCCCGGGUAUGAAUCGGGCUGCGGUGCCUAGAGGUUACUUCGAUAAACGUACCUCCGAAGACUGUUCUUUUCCCCUGGACGUCCUAAUAUUGCAAGAUGCUACCGACUCUUUCAGCGAUAAUAUUGAGUCGAUGAAGAACACCCAGCUGAGUUUACUGACGCAAGGAAUUUUAGCUGAGCAUCCUGAUUCAAGGUUUGGCGUUGUGUCCUUCAAGGAUAAGCCCGUUUACCCAUUGGGUAACCGCGAUGACUACUGCCAGAGAUUCGAUGCCAGCCUAUCAACUAACGUCGACGACGUGAUUGCUGCUUACGGUAACAUCGUGUCUUACGGAGGCGCAGAUGCCCCCGAGAAUCAGUUCGGUGCUUUGUUCGCUGCUCUCCAAUCUGACACACCCGGGUGGUCGAAGGACCCUGUUGCCACCAAAUUGGUCGUUAUCAGUACGGAUGCCGGCCCCCAUUAUGCUGGCGAUUCCCAUACCGAGGACAUGGGUAUGCGGCCCUUCGGUGGUGUCUUCCAGGAAGGAAAUGCUGCAGAGCAGUGCCUUCAGGAAUACUAUCCCUCCCCGGAGCAGGUGAAGAACUUGAUCGCUAGUACGGGGGCUUAUGUAGCCUCCCUUGUGUAUGACGGUGACUGGAACAAUGGAUGGCCCUCGAAGAGUUGGAUUAAAUUCAAUCAAUACAUCGAUCAAAAGGAUGCAUUCGUAGCUCCUCAAGCGCCGGACAGUAGCGAUUUCUGGUCGAGACUUGCGGCUAUUAUCGCAACGAUUGAAGACAUAGAAUGUAUACACGAAACCACCCCUGCUCCGACAACUACUCCCGCUACCACAACUCCCCCCGCCACAUUGCCACCGGCCACAACCGCAGGAGAGUGUGCAUGCCCAUGUGAAGAUUGCACUUGUUGCCCGGAGGUGAUAAUCGAACUACAGCACAAACCUAGCAAGCUCCAUCUUGAUAUUGAGAACGCUCCGGUUGCGUGA